UUAUUUUUGAAUUUUAACAUUUUCUUGUCACUGUGCUGGAUGGACGUAAUGCACAGGUUGAAUGGAUUGUGGUAUAAGCUUCGGUGGUGUGUACGUAAAACAUUGUUUGUGUUGAAGCUUCAUCAUUGAAAGGUUAGGUUCUUCUUCUAAAGGUUGAAGGUUAGGUAUUUUUUGUUUCGUCUCUUCGUUCUGGAAGAAUUUGUUUUCGCAUCUUGGUGUCUUCAUUGUCAUAGUGUGGUAAGUUUUGUUUGUGUUGUUUCUUAAAGCUUGAAGCUUGAAGAUUAGGUUUUUCUUCUACUUUUUUCCGGUCACUAAGUUAUUCUUUUCAUAUCUUGGUAUCUCCGUUGCCAUAAUGUGAUAUGUUACUUUGAUCUGAUUUGUUUUUCGUAUCUUCGUUGGGGUUUCUUUUCUAUUUUCGUAUCUUCGAUCUAAUUUUUUUUUUGUCGACAUCUAUGAUUUUCGUGUUCUUUGGGGUUUCUUGGUUUUUAUGUACCGUGCUUACUGAAAUGGAGUAUUUUUGUCAACUGUUUAUAUGCUCAAAUCCGGAGGUUCUCAUUUCUUAUUUUAUCUGGAAGUUCUGAAGGUUUUACGAGGUUCUUUAUGUUUUGUGGAUGUUUUGUGGUUGCAGAGUAAGAUGGAAGUUGUUUGCUUUCUCUGGUGCCCUCUCACCUGGGUUAUUGUUCAGAGUGGUCGAGGAUGUAAAAGUAGGUGUGAACAAGCCAAAGUUGCUCUCCAAGGAGUUUAGCACUAUAAUUAAUGUUGUUGGGUUCCUCUCUGAUCGACAGCAUGGGUUUCUUAAAAGACCCUUAUGCAUUUAUAUGCGUUCUUCAAACUGUCCUGAGCACCACAAAUUAUAUAUUUAUUCUAUUUACAACUAGAUAUAAAGCCUUAGAAUCAAUUGUUCGUAGCAUUGCCUCUGAAGCAUCAUUUGAAGGAGAACAUGUCCAUCUCAUUCCACCUAUCACAG